UAUGAAAUCAAAGCGCAAUUAACUGAAGGGAUUUUCUUCUGAAGAGAAGGCCCCACUCCAGUCAAUCUUUUUGCAUCUUAAUAAGAAUAAAUUUGUUAUUGCCCUUCCGUUGUUGCUUUGAGCGGGCGUGUGACUUAUUGACUAAGCAAUACAGACUUGUUGCUUAACAUGUACAUAUGUAUGUAUGCCACGAGCAUGUUCUGCGGAGGGUCCAAAACCUGGACUCGAAUCUUUAGUGACACGUUCGAUCUCCGGCUUAGGCAAAUGCUAAUAUUCAAACUCGGAGUUGGCAGAGCGAACUCACAGCUACAACAGUAAAAGCGCGAACGACUAUAAAAUAGAACCUGACCCACAAAAACACAUUAGCACACACACAGCCCCUAGCAAAGCAAAGCUAGAAAAGCUGAGGUGAAGGUCACACGUUGUCAAAUCAAUGAAUAUGUUUUGGCAUCAGAAUGUAGACCAAGCACAGCAGCAGCAGCAGCAGCAGCAGCAGUCGCAGUCGCAAUCCCAGCAGAAGACUCCUGGUGAAGCGACCGCGAAGCGUUUCAACAUUAGCUUCAAUGUUAAAAUUGCUGUGAACGUGAACACGAAGAUGUCCACCAACCACAUCAACCAGCAGUCGUCCCCGACAGCUACGACAUGCCAGAGAAAGCAUAGCGUCCAGCAUCAGAGCAGCAGGUUUGAUCUGCGUGAGCAGGUGACGCGCCUGGGCCGCCAGUUGGCCAGCGGCCAAGACGGACAUGGGGGCAUAUCAGCGAUUUUGAUUGUAAAUCUCCUGCUGUUGAUCCUGCUGUCGAUCUGCUGCGAUGGGUGUCGCUCCCAAGAUGGCCGGCACUUUAAUUACUCAGGCUUGCCACAAAAGUUCAAGGACCAUCUGAGUCUGUUGCCAAAGCUGGACAGUGACGUAGUGGAGAAAGUGGCCAUAUGGCACAAGCACGCAGCAGCCGAUCCGCCCAGCAUAGUGGAGGGCAUUGCCAUCAGCAGCAUAUCCCGACCAGUACCAGAACCAGCACCAGCACCAGCGCCAAUGGCAGAGUUACCAGAGGAUGGAAUCGAUGGAAUCGAUGAGCGUGUGGUCCUGGAACGCGUCACACGUGAGUGUGUGCAGCGUUGCAUUGUAGAGGAGGAUUUAUUUCUGGACGAGUUUGGAAUCAAGUGCGAAAAGGCGGACAGCAGCGAGAAGUGCUACAAAACACGCUGCACCAAGGGAUGUGCUCAAUGGUACAGAGCCCUUAAGGAGGUGGAAACCUGCCAAGAGGCUUGUUCCUCGCCGCACUUCUAUUCCCACGACAUGCCCUGCAUAGGGGCCUGCGAGAUGUCCCAGCGGAAUUAUUGGCUCUUGCAGCGCUUGGCCAUGACUCAGACAGUGCAGAGGACGCAACCGCAGUUGGUGCAGACCCCCAGUCAGGAUCGACAGGACACGCCGCUGACCAUCAAGUGGGCCAUGCACUUUCCGGAGCAUUACCUGUCCAGCCGACCCUUCAACAUCCAGUACCAGUACGCGGACCUCCAUAAUGAGCAGAAUGACGAGAAGGGGCAAAAGAAAGAAGGGACAUGGAUAAAUUUGGCAGAUUAUGACUGCGACGAGUACUACGUCUGCGAGAUUCUUGAGCCCCUGACGCCUUAUACACAGUACAGAUUCCGCUUCGAGCUCCCCUUCGGCGAAAGCAACGACGAUGUGCUUUACUCGCCGGCCACACCCGCCUACCAGACGCCUCCUGAGGGGGCACCCAUCUCGGCACCCGUUAUCGAGGAACUGCUGCCACUAGACGAAAGCCACGUGGCCGUGCACUGGCAUCCGGGCAGCUUCACCAACGGCCCCGUCGAGGGCUACCGCCUUCGUUUGAGCAGUUCGGUGGAUAACCGAACCAUCGAGCAGCUGGUGGCGGUGCAGCGGGGCAACUUCAUCUUCUCGCAGCUGCAAGCCCAUACCAAGUACAGGCUGGAGCUGACGAUGGUCAACAAGCAUGGCGAGAGCCCAGCGUCCUCUGCCAGCGUCGUGACAAGUCCCGCUCGGGUUCCGCAACUGCACAAGGACCAGGGUGAAGCCCACGCCCCGAGCGUGCUUGUGGCCGGGCAGCGGAACAUCGUGUGGCAGUCCUUGACGCCGGGCGGGGAGACACGACUCGUCCUUCACUCUGAUCAGCCAAUUGGUGACAUGGCCUGGGAGCAGAAGGAGCAGCGGCUGUGGGUUGUUGACGUUCUGGGAGAGAUGCGCAGCCUGAGACUGGAGCAGGGCCAGCCGACAUCUGGCAUUAGCAGAGUAGAGCUGGAUGGACGGAGGAACAUAUCCGGUGAAUGGAUUCCCCGAAAGCUUAGCCUGGAUUGGCUCCACAGACGUCUCUACCUGGCUGUGGAGACGCCGAGUCUCAAAUUUUCCCUGCUCAAAGUGGAUCUGGAGAGCACAGACUUUGAUGUGCUGUCCGAGGCUCUGGACCCGGUUCAGCAGAUGGAGGUCGACCCUUUGAACGGUUGGCUUUUUUGGACCGAUGCCGAGAGCGUUUGGCGUCUCGAUUUGGCCAGCAAGGAGCGUAUCCGCAUUGCCAGGAUCAGACAGCCGGGCUGGUUCACCCUGGACCCGCUGCACUGGCUGCUCCACCUACUGGUGGCGCAAGAGGGGAAAAUUCUGGAAUUCAGCUAUGAUGGCAGCUUCAAAGUGCCGCUGAUCGCCCUGCCCGACAAUUCGUCGCAGGCCUUCGCUCUCCAGGGCCGCUCCCUGCUGCUCGCUGGUGCCAGCCAGAUUCAACUGUUGCUGGCGGAUCAGCUCAACCACGGAGGGCUGGGCACCUGGCCGCUGCGGCACUUCCCUGACUGCUGGGGCCUUAUCCUCCUCACCGCAGAGCGCUUCCCCUCGGCGCAUCCCUCUGGCGUGCCUCGACGGCUGAGCGCCGUGCUGGGAGCACAGGCAGCACACAUAUCGUGGCAGGAGCCGUCUAGGAAUCAUUACCAGUCACCCGUCGCUGCAUUGGACCUGACCUACGAGCUGGAGGUGCUGGACGUGGCCAGCCAGAGCGCAUUCAGCAUCCGUAACAUCCGCAGUCCCCACUUCGGACUCGAGCGCCUGCAGCCGGACAAUUUGUACCACUUCCGGGUGCGGGCCAUGAGGUCGGCCGGGGAGCCCGGCGACUGGACCCCACCCCACGUGGCUCGCACCUGGCCCCUUGGUCCGCAUCGCCUCCGCUGGGCCACCUACCAAGGCGCACUCUAUGAGACCAAUGAGCUGGGCGGGCAACUGGAGCGAAUGGAGGCUCAGCUGGAGGCGCGGCCUGGACCCCUGGCUAUGAUCAACGCCAGUGCGGGCUACUACGUGGCCGGCUCCGGGGUCUUGCAUUGCAUCAACGUGGAGCAGCCGCAGCUGAGAUGCCUGGUACCAGAUGAGGUGCCCCAUGUAGGGGCCGUGACGUACGACUGGAGGGGAGGCCGAGUCUACUGGUCGGAUCUGGCGCGAAACUGCGUGGUGCGCCUGGAUCCGUGGAGCGGGACGCGCGAGCUGCUGCCCAUCUUUGGGGCCCGCCAGCUGGCCAUCGACCCGCGGCAGGGCCAUCUCUACUACGCAACCGCCAACCGUCUGGCAAGUCGCCCCCUCAGCUCUUCCCCGGGCCACCCCCAGCACGUGAAUGAGGAGGAGGUGGAGUUUUACCACGUCAACGGCCUUGGGGACAGCAUCGCCUCGUUCAGCCUCGACCUGGAGCAAGGCCAACUCCAUUGGCUAGUCUCGGGCCCUGCCGCGCUGCGCCUCUACCGGGCUUCUCUUGGAGUGGUCUCCGUCGCGGACUCCCCUCGGCUGGUGCAGAGCUGGCCUGGCAGGGAUGCCCUGCCCCAGAGCCUUCAAGUGGUCCGACCCCUUGGGGCUUUGCUCUGGCUGGAUCGGGGCGGGCGCCGAGCACUCCUCGCCAGGACAACAGCCCUCGACGACACCAUGGAACUGUGGCCACUGGGUCUCAACUCCCCCGCCUCCUCGCUCCAGCUCGCCGACCCAACAGCCCCACCACCACCCGAUGCUGGGGUCAUACCUUCGGCCGUUCUCCCUGACAGCGUCCGCCUGGAUGACGGCCACUGGGACGACUUCCACGUGCGAUGGCAGCCAGCGACAAGUGGAGGCAACCACAGCAUCUCCUACCGACUGCUCAUCGAGUAUGGCCAGCGCCUGCAGACACUCGACCUAGCCACCCCAUUCGCCCGUAUCACACACCUUCCGCAGGCUCAGCUGCAGCUGACAGUCAGCAUCACGGCCCGCACCGCCUGGCGCACGGGCCCCACCACCCGCGUUCAGCUGUGCACGCCCGCCGCUGCUCCCACCCAGCCACGGCGCCUGCGCGUGUUCGUUGAGCGCAUUGCCAAGCCCCUGGUCCCGCCCAGCAUCGGGGCCUUGCUCCGCUGGGAUGCGCCCGAGCAGGCGCCUGCUCCGGUGCAGGCUCUGGAAUACCGCAUCAGCUGCUGGCUGGGAUCGGAGAUCCACGCGGAACUGCUGCUGAACCAGAGUACCCUGGAGGCCCGAGUGGAGAACCUGCAGCGGGACCAGACCUACCGCUUCCAGGUGGAGGCGCAUGUGGCAUCGACAGGGGCGGCCGCCGGCGCCGCUAGCCACGCCCUUCACGUGACGCCCGAGGUGCAGGCCGUGCCCCGCUUUGUCUUUGCCAACACAGAGUUCAUCGGUGAGCUGGACCUGGACAGCCAGCUCCGCCGCCGACUGGUGCACACCGCCAGUCCCGUGGAGCACCUGGCCAUCAUGGAGGGGGAGCAGAGGCUCCUGUGGGUCAACGAGCAUGUGGAGCUGCUCACCCACGUGCCAGGAUCCACGCCCGCCAAGCUAGCCAGGAUGCGGGCGGAGGUCCUUGCCCUCACCGUCGACUGGGUGCAGCGCAUCGUCUACUGGGCCGAGUUGGAGGCGGGUCAGGAGGCGCCGUCAGCGCAGGUAGCAGUGAUAUACCGCCUCGACCUGUGCCGCUUCGAGGGGCGCAUCCUGCAGGGCGAGCGGCUUUGGAGCACUCCGCGGGGCCACCUGCUGAGGGACUUAGUGGCCCUGCCCCACAGCCGGGCACUGGUCUGGCUCGAGCACGAGGCUGUGUCCCGCAACUCUACGCUACGGGGCCGCAGGCUCACCGACGGAUCACCUGUGCCCCUCGAGUCCCCCACCGCCCUCUUCCGGCUGUACGAGGGCAGUCUGGAGCCCGGGACGGAGACGCUCAACUUGGUGGACCACCAGGGAAGGCUUUGUGUCUACGACGUGGCCCGCCAGCUCUGCACCGUCACCGGGCUGCGCAGCCAGCUGCACCUGCUGACGAGGGACAGCGGACAACUGGCCCAGGAUGCGGGCUAUCUCUACGCUCUGCGCAACGGCAGUAUCCGCGCCUAUGGCCGGAGGCGCCACCAGCUGGAGUACCUCGUCGAGCUCGAGCCGGAAGAGGUGCGGCUGCUGCAGGCCCACAACUACCAGGCGUAUCCGAGCAAGCGCUGCCUGCUCCUCCCCGCCGCCGCUGCCCUGGACUCCACUGCCGUCCAGUGCGAGGAGCUGCAGUGCACCCUGGCCCUGACCCAGCUGCAUGCCUCUCCAGACUGCGCGCUGCCCGUGCCCGGCCUGAGCUACCAGCUGAACUUAACUUCGUUGGAAGGAGGCCAGCGCGAAGGGGAACGCCACCAGUGGCUGGCCGGAUCAGGGGACACCAUCAACAUCACAGGGCUGCAGCCCUUCUCCAGGUACCAGCUCAGAGCUACAUUGAGCAGCUACUACCAGCUCCGCCUGGGCCUCGACGCCCUGCCCCUGCCCACCAUGGAGGUGCGCACCGCACAGGCCUCGCCCACGGCUCCAAGGAACUUUAGCGCGCGCGUGCUGGGUCCCAGCGAGGUGGUGGUCAGCUGGGCCCCACCCCUCCAGCUCCGCAGUGAGAGCGUUCACUACACGAUCCACUGGCGGCAGAACUCCAAUGGAAACCGCACUAAGCAGGAGCAGGAUCUGGAGCAGGAUCAGGAUCAGGAUCAGGAGCAAAUGGAACGCAGAGUGGAGACUGCGGGGAUGCAUCGGCUGAGGGGGCUGCGUCCCGGGUCCGGCUACCGACUCUGGGUGCAAGCCCAUGCCACGCCCACCAAGUUCAACAGCAGCAGCCUGUUGCACGUGCGGACCUAUGUGAGAUUACCAGAACUGCAGCUGCUUGAGCUGGGACCCUACUCACUGACCCUCUCUUGGGCAGGGACCUCGGACCCGCUGAGCUACCUGGCCCUCGAGUGCCGUUCAGCGGCGGAACAGCUGCGCUGGGAAGUAGCCGGAAACCACUCCUGGAUGGUGGUGGAGCCGCUGAAGCCGCGCACACGCUAUGAGUGCCAGCUGCUGCUCGUCUUUGCGUCCUCCCCAGGCGCAUCCGUUUACCGGGGGCCAACUCAGGAGUACGAGACACUGGGGGAUGCACCUAGUGCGCCAGGCCGGCCACAGCUCCAGCACAUUUCCGGGGAGAUCUUCCGGGUGCACUGGAGUGCGGCCCGCGGUAAUGGGGACCCCAUCGCCCUCUACAGCCUCGAGGCGCUGCAGGCCAGGGCCAGGUCCAGAUCCAGAUCCAGCCGAAGGAGGCGCAGAGAGAGUGUGAGAGGGGGCCGGCUAGCCCUGCUGCCAUGGGCCGAGGAGCCGGCGGUCGUGGAGGACCAGUGGCUAGACUUCUGCAACACUACCGAGCUGAGCUGCAUCGUGCGAAGUCUGCACUCGAGCCGGCUGCUCCUGUUCCGGGUUCGCGCCCGCAGUCACGAGCAUGGCUGGGGGCCUUACAGCGAGGACAGCGACCGAGUCUCGGAGCCCUUGGUCUCUCCCGAGAAGCGUGGCUCUCUGGUGCUGGCCAUCAUUGCCCCGGCGGCCAUUGUGUCCAGUUGUGUGCUGGCCCUGUUCCUCGUCCGCAAAGCAGUGCAAAAGCGGCGCAUGCGGGCCAAAAAGCUGCUGCAGCAGAGCCGUCCAAGCAUCUGGAGCAACCUUUCUACGUUGAGUACGCAGCAGCAGCUACUGGCCGCCCGCAGCCGCGCCUUUUCCACGACGCUCAGCGACGCGGACAUCGCCCUGCUGCCGCAUAUCCGGCGGAGUCAGCUGACCCUUCGCCGCUUCCUGGGCAGCGGAGCCUUCGGCGAGGUCUACGAGGGCGACUUGCAGCCGGAGGACAAGAAGGAGACGCAGCGCGUGGCUAUCAAGAGCCUGCGCAAGGGGGCCAGCGAGUUUGCGGAGCUGCUGCAGGAGGCGCAGUUGAUGAGCAACUUUAAGCAUGAGAAUAUUGUGUGCCUCGUGGGCAUCUGCUUUGACACCGAAUCCAUCUCGCUCGUCAUGGAACAUAUGGAGGCGGGCGAUCUCCUCUCGUACCUGAGGGCUGCUCGACCAAAUUCCCAGGAGGUAGUCCAAGGACUGUCGCUGUCGGAGUUGCUGGCCAUGUGCAUAGACGUGGCCAACGGUUGCAGCUAUCUGGAGGACAUGCACUUCGUCCAUCGUGAUCUGGCCUGCCGCAACUGCCUUGUUUCCGAGGGAACAGAGGCGGGGCACCGGCGCAUGGUGAAGAUUGGCGACUUCGGUUUGGCCCGUGACAUCUACAAGAGCGACUACUAUCGCAAAGAAGGCGAGGGGCUGCUCCCGGUGCGCUGGAUGGCACCGGAGAGCCUGGUGGAUGGGGUGUUUACGACCCAGUCGGAUGUGUGGGCUUUCGGCGUACUCUGCUGGGAGAUCCUCACCCUGGGCCAGCAGCCGUAUGCGGCUAGGAACAACUUCGAGGUGCUCGCCCAUGUCAAGGAUGGUGGACGCCUCCACCAACCCACCAUCUGUCCCGACAAAAUGCAUUCCUUGCUCUUGUUGUGCUGGCGCACGGAUCCAUCGGAGCGACCCAGCUUCAGGCGUUGCUUCAAUGCUCUUCAUGCCAUCAGCACGGAUCUCCGCCGCAUCCAACUGCCGCCGGUCCACUCAAGAACUGCGGGAUCCAGUGGGGAAGCCGCUUCCCCCACCAGAUCACAGCUUAAGGUGCGUUUCGAUGAGCAUAAGGAGAAGGCUACGGGGCAGGAGAGUGAGAAGGAGAAGGUGACGAAGGAACCAGAGAUUAUGUCGCUUCGGAGUGUGUCCUGUCAGAGUCCGUCUCAGCAGCUGUAUGCCAAUGAGGGGAUCUCUCGCCUAUAGAAAGGCCAUCAUCUCUCUGCGUAUGUCGUCUCAAAUGAGCGCGCUCCCUUCUCCGUUUCCGAUGCAUCGCGAUGCUAUAGGAAAUCAGUUUCUAAGGCUAAUGAGUUGAUAUGGGCCGUGCCUUCCACGGAACUAGCUUUCCAGAUUAUGCUUAAGCAGAACCUUUAGGUUAAAUUAAUAUUCUCGGAGAUGGACAUUGAAUGUAAGUGCACAGAAACUGGCCCAUUGCGAAGUCUGCGAAGUUUGAUGCAUGAUACGAGUAUUCGGGUUUCCUUCGGUCAGUUCGUGCACUUAUUUGGCUGACGAGUAUGACAUGAUAUUUUGAUCAGAUACACGGACCAGCAUUUCGAUAUGAUAUGGUCGAAAAUGUUCAAACUUGAUUUCUUCGUGCAUCUCAAUUUGACAUUUUAAUAUGUAUAUUUGAUGAUACAUUUUAUACAUGUAAUGUAUGUACAAUAUUCUAAGCAGGGAAAAUAAUAUUAGUUUGAUAUUCAAAUGUCAAAACAGUCUAUUUUUUUUUUAAAUCAAAUAUGUUAAUAUAAAACAGCCAAAAUGUAUUUGUUUGGUUAAAAAUCUGAAAACAUUUUUAUUUAUCGGGCUUACUUGCUUGUUAAAUUAAUCCAUCCAAAAAAUGAAAAGGUUCAACCAAAAAAAGCAUGGGUAUGGAUAUUGAGUUUAUUGACUCCAACUUUCAUUGCGUUGAAUUAUGAGUAUAGUAUGACUACUAACCCGUGCAUUAAGAUAAUUUUUUAGAUCUUCCAACGAGAGAAAGGGAUCUACUUAGCGCUGUUUUCCGCAUGCGAAUCGUUUUUUUUUUUCAGUGAAUCGGCCAAAAACAUUUUUAGAAUUGUGGCACUAUUUGACAUUGUGUGACCUUCAUUUUUAAGAUUUUGGAUACGUUUUCAUAUAUCUGAACCGAAUUAAAACAACAAACAAAACGGGAUCUGCAGGCAUUGGUAUUUUAUAUCUUCUUUUGCCUCUAGUUUAUGAAAUUUUACUGGUAUAAUUCGAUUACAACCGAUUCAAAACAAGACAAGAACCAAAUUCGAGUGCGUUUAUAUUAAUUUUUCCAAGACAAAAACGUAGUAUUUCUACAAAUCAGCCAAUAAUUCCUACGAAAUAACCACAAGAGAUAAUCCAAAAUAAAGCUCCAUUAUCCUGCAAACAGGCACAGUUUUCAUCCAAACAAUUUGCUCCAAAAAUGAAAUAUUUGGCUUCAAAUGUGAAUGUGCCUGUCGGUUCUAUUUUUUUUCUAUCACUUUAAGUAUAUAUGUAUACUACUAGAGCUUUAGCCGAUUGUGUAGGCCACAGGCACAGUGGUUGCUGGCAUAUGCCAAAAAUCUAAUUAUGCAUUUUAAAAUGUUUAAAAAACAACUGACUGUGUGAUAAGCUGAUUGUCCAAACUUUCUAAUGUCAUACUGAUUUUGCUUAGAUUUUAACGGUACUCUCUAAAAAUACAAUCGAAAACGAGGAGGAACUUUGUGAGUCGCUUCUGUUGCCGCUUAUCUACUUGUAUACCCAUACUCAGUCAGUCUUCAAUUAAAUUGAUCAAACUAUUCAAAACCAAAAUUUUAUAAUUUACAACAAAUUUUUAAUAUCUAUAAUCGCUCUUCAAAG